AUGUCAGAGAAACAGAUUGAUACAGAUGCUCCUCAUCUUACUGCGCAUGAUGCAGCCAAGACACACCACGCAGAGCUAGGACAGCCAGACAGGGUUGAUCUUAACAAUAACCUCUCCGCAAAGAUCAAGAAUCCUCUCGCUCAUAUUCCGUACAACGAACUUAUUGCAGAUGUGGAAAAUUUUGCCAAAGAACACAACCUCGUUGCGAUCACUCCAUUGCUGAUCAAAGGUGCUCAAAUAGCUAAGGACCCUCCAAAUUUUGAGUCCGUCGAAGGCAUCACAGAACCAGAGAAAGAGGCCAUCAGAAACGAGGUUCUACACAAAUGGCGUCAACCUCGAGCUCUUUAUUUCACUAUCAUUCUUUGCUCAAUUGGUGCUGCUGUGCAAGGAUGGGACCAGACUGGCUCAAACGGAGCUAACUUGUCCUUUCCCUGUGCUUUUGGCAUCUCAGACAGCGAGUAUGGUUGUGAUGGUGUGACUUAUAAUCCAGAUUACCAGACCAACCAAUGGCUUGUCGGAAUAGUCAAUGCUGCGCCAUACAUCGCGUCGUCCUUCCUUGGUUGCUGGAUGUCUGACCCUCUCAACUACUACUUCGGUCGAAGAGGUACAAUCUUCUUCAGUGCAGUUUUCUGCUGUCUUUCUGUGAUUGGUUCAGCCGUGACGCAGAACUGGUGGGAACUUUUCAUAACUCGGAUCCUGCUCGGUAUCGGCAUGGGCUCCAAAGCAUCUACGGUCCCUAUCUUCUGCGCAGAAAACGCUCCCGCUGCAGUCCGUGGCGGUCUUGUCAUGUGCUGGCAAAUGUGGACUGCUUUCGGUAUCUUCCUCGGAUUUUGCGCUAAUCUCGCUGUCAAGGAUACUGGUGACAUCUCAUGGCGUCUUCAGUUUGGCUCAGCCUUCAUUCCCGCCGUCCCUCUUUGGAUUGGUGUCUACUUCUGCCCUGAAUCCCCGCGCUGGUAUAUUAAAAAGGGUCGUCUGGGAAAGGCAUAUGAAUCACUCAGACGAUUGAGAAACACCGAAUUACAGGCUGCACGAGAUCUGUACUACAUCUUCGCUCAAAUCCGCAUGGAAGAGACCCUGGUCAAGAAGUCGAACUAUGUCACCCGUUUCAUCCAACUCUUUACCAUUCCUCGAGUCCGUCGAGCAACCCUUGCUUCCUUUACUGUUAUGAUUGCUCAACAGAUGUGUGGGAUAAACAUUAUUGCGUUCUACUCAUCCACAGUAUUUGUACAGGCAGGUGCAUCGCCCACCAGUGCUUUGUUAGCGUCUUGGGGAUUCGGACUAGUCAACUUUCUCUUUGCCUGGCCAGCUAUCUGGACCAUCGAUACCUUCGGACGGAGAUCGCUGCUCUUGUUUACAUUCCCACAGAUGGCCUGGACGUUGCUCGCGGCCGGAAUGUGCUUUUUCAUUCCCGACUCGAGUGCUGCUCAUCUUGGUUUGAUCGCACUGUUCAUCUUCUUGUUUGCUGCCUUCUACUCACCAGGUGAAGGACCAGUACCAUUUACCUACUCCGCCGAGGUCUUCCCUCUUUCCCACCGAGAAGUUGGCAUGGCAUGGGCCGUCGCAACAUGCCUCUUCUGGGCCGCAGUCCUCUCAAUCACCUUCCCACGAAUGCUCAGCGCCAUGAGUCCCCCCGGCGCAUUCGGCUUCUACGCCGCUCUAAACGUCACAGCCCUAAUCCUGAUCUUCCUCUUCGUCCCCGAGACAAAAAAACUCACCCUCGAAGAACUCGACUACGUCUUCAGCGUGCCCACCCGAACACACGUGAAGUACCAGGUCGGAACUGUGCUGCCAUGGUGGUUCAAGCGGUACGUCCUGAGACAGAAGGGUGCUGUUUGCCCGAAAUUGUAUCAUUUCGAUGGACAUGUUGAGAACGAUGAUGCAUUUGCGCAGAAGAUUAGACAGGAGAGUGUGGCGGGUCCGGAGAGUCGGAGGCAGAGUGUUGCGGGGAGGAUUGUGAAUAAGUUUUAG